AUGGAGCUCCCAGCGCUCCUGUUCUUCGGCCUGCUGCUGCUAAAUGUGACCCGGUGGCUCAUCAAGCGCAGUCAGACCGGCUUUUUGCAGCAGCACAAAUCGCGGCUCGCACGCGAAAUCGCGUCGUUGCGGCGGCAGGCCGAGGCGCUAAAUACGCCUAGCACGUACGCCAAGUGCGCCAAACUGCAGCGGCUGGCCAAUGCCAAGGAGCAGGAGCUGUCCGCGCUGCAGCAGCACGGCGACGACGACGUGCGCGCGCGCAUCGCCGGCGCGAUGGCGACCGUGAAGGUCAUCCUCAUGGCCCUGGCAGUCGUCAUGCUCUGGGGACGCCCCCUGCUGUACAUCCCGCCCCGCCUGUCGUCGCCCUUCUCCAAGCUGCUGCUUUUCCCCCACACCAGCUCGUACGUAGAGAUGGGCUCUGUCACCGUGGUGCCAUGGGUCGCGCUCUGCGACCGCGUCAGCCUGCUCAUCGCGCGCUCGCUUUUUCCCCUGCGCGCGCUCGAGCCGCGCACCAAGCCGCUGCAGACGGUGCACGAGGACAAGGAGCACUGA